AUGAUUGCUUUGGUACUCUUCCUUUUUCUCUUUCCAUUUGCUUCUGUCUCGUCAUCUCCUAAUAAUUGCCCAAAAUGUGGCACAAUGGGCGUACCAUACCCCCUUAGUACUAGUGAUAAUUGUGGUAACCCUAACUAUAAGGUUUACUGCAAUAAUGACAACUUAGAGUUCUUGUCAUCCGUAGGAUUUUACUACAAAAUCCUCAAUAUCAGUCCAUAUACUUCCAGUCUUAUUAUUAGCCCUCCUUCCAUACAAAAAGACUCUUGCCAAUCUUCUGAUCUUUCUUUAGGUGGCUUAAAGAUUGAUGAAACUUCUCCUUUCAACGUAUCUUCUCGAAACACGAUUAUGUUAUUUAACUGCUCUGAUAAUAUCCUUUUAUCCCCACUGAACUGUUCUUCGAGCAGCCCUUGUAGGAAAUUUGAGUUGAGUACGAAAGGAAGGAACUGUAAGAACACAUUGUGUUGCAGUUACUUGAAAGAUGCAUCGAUGACUUCCCAUAGAAUUAGGAUUAGGGGUGAAGGCUGCACUGCUUAUAUUUCUUUGGUUAAUUUUAAGGCGGAAGAGUCUAUUAAUGCAUGGCGCUAUGGCAUUGAGCUACAGUGGAUACCCCCAAGCUAA